ACGGGUAUAUUUGAUCGAUAAGACCGCGGUCACACUGGUGCCAAUUUUGAUGGAAAUUUCUAUAAACGUUUUUGUUUUCCUUCUGUACACCCUUAUCGUUAUCUAUCUGCAGCACUUUGUUAACAAGUACACCGAGUUUGUGCGCAGCCUCUAA